GUGAUGUGGGACCGGUAUGCAAGCCGCUUUACCGCGCCCUGUCUUGACGGCCAUUUUGAACGAGAGGGAGUAGAUUAUUUGUAAUUUUCAUCUUCUUGAAUCUCCUUUUUCUUCAGCCAUCACCAUGGCCGACAGAGAAGAUAACACUUAUAUGGCCAAGCUGGCCGAACAGGCUGAACGAUAUGAUGAAAUGGUUGCUGCUAUGAAGAACAUUGCUCUGUUAAACGUUGAUCUCACGACAGAAGAGCGUAAUCUUUUAUCUGUGGCUUACAAAAAUGUCAUCGGUGCGAGACGAGCAUCUUGGAGAAUCAUUUCUAGCAUUGAGCAAAAGGAAAAAAGUAAAGGCGAUGACAAUCCCAAACUUGGAAUGAUUGUAGAAUAUCGACUGCAGAUCGAGAAGGAACUAAACGAUAUCUGUGAAGAAAUUUUGGAUCUUCUAACUAACCAUUUAAUCGAGUCAGCAGCGUCGGACGAAUCGAAAGUAUUCUUUUACAAAAUGAAGGGAGACUAUUACAGGUAUGUGGCUGAAUUCACCAAGAAUGACCCCAAGAAUGAAGAAAUAGCAGCAAACAAUUCAAUGGAAGCAUAUGAUGAGGCUCAAAAAAUAGCUGUAGAAAAACUUGGAAAAACAAAUCCCAUCCGUCUAGGUCUUGCUCUGAAUUACUCAGUAUUCUACUACGAAAUCCAGAAUGAUCCAAAAAAAGCCUGCAAAUUAGCAAAAGAAGCUUUUGAUAAUGCUAUUUCUGAGUUGGACAAGCUCAGUGAGGAUUCCUACAAAGACAGCACAUUAAUUAUGCAGCUUCUUAGAGAUAACCUUACUCUAUGGACUGCUGACCAUCCAUCAGAAGAAGCUGAUAGAGGAGAGACAGCUGUACUUCAAGAUGUUGGCAAUGAAGAUGAGACUUAAAAUCUGUAAAAAAGCAGAACAGUGUUUAGGUUGGAUUUUCCUUAGCCAGUCCAUUCUGUGUGCAAUGUAUAGUUCUUGUAUAUGCCCUUUACACCAAUAGUACAAAGAGAACCAUUAUAUUCCAUUGUAAUUACCCUUGAACUGUUGGUGUGCAAAUAUUUCUUGUUAUCAUUCAAAUUAUUAUUUUUACAUUUGAUUAAUUGAUAUAACUGAACAUUACAGUGCAAAGCCGUUUUGCUGCAAAUAAUAGUAACGUUGCAUAUUUUGUUAUCAUGGCUUACUUCCCUGUGACUUGGUAUGUUUGUUAGGUAGAAAAACAACCAAAACGCAAAAAGAAAA